AUGCUGCAGAGCAUCCUGGCUCUCGGAGCGCUGCUCGCCCCGCACCCGGUGCUACGGAGCCGCCGAAUCGCAGUCGGGAUGAACGAGGCAUCGCAAGUACCGCCGUCGCCUGUCGUCUCAGUCGUCCUGCCGGAAGGCAAGGCUGCUGGUGACCUUCUGCUCAUUCAGCCUCCACGCGGAGCCCAGUGCCAGGUAGUUGUGCCGGAAGGCGUCGCGCCGGGCCAGAGCUUCUCCGUGCAGCUCCCUGCCACGGUGAGCGCCGCGCGGCGUGUGCGCGCAAAGUAUGGGGACGACGCGGCGGGUUUUGUUGACCUGAGUGACUCGGGCGAGCGGGCCAAGCUGUCCCGCCUCGAGAGCGACCUCGCGCAAUUCAAAGCUGAGCGUGGGCUGGCCGACAGGAGGCUGGCUGGCGGCGCCGCGGCUGAGCUGCAGGAGGAGGAGGAGGCGACGCCGCUCGCGCGCGUCAUCAACACCCUCGGCACUGUGCUCACCUUCAACUUUUUCGUCAUCAUCCUGUUCUUUGCCUGGUUCCUCACCGGCGUCGGCCUCCAGUUUGGCGCGCACGACGAGGCGGUGAUGAACACGUUUCGUACCGCGUGGGACCCGCUCAUCCUGCCUCUCCUCUCGACGCACAUGGCCCUCACCUUCCUCUCGGCGGGGCUCGAGAGGCUAGCCAAGCCGGCGGAGGAAGGGUAG